AUGAAGACAUUUAACUUUCUCCUCAUCGCCAUUGCCGCAAUCAUCUACGUCAUCGGUGCCCCUGCCACAGGCUGUGGUGAGCCAUUUGGCAACCAACUGUGGAAUACGAAUGGAUGGCAACCUAUCAAGAACAUCAAUGAGAAGCACAUCCAGGAACUCGGCGCCUGGGCUGUGUUAGAGCAUGGAAGGUAUGUAAACUGCAGGCUCUGGUUCCACGAGGUGGUUAGUGGCAAACAGCAACUUGUCUCUGGCAUGAACUAUGAGCUCAUCAUCGAUGCAUCAGAUGACGCUGGAAAGCAUAGCAAGUAUAAGGCAGAGGUUUACGAGCAGGAGAGCACCAACACACGCAAGCUCCUCUCCUUCAGCAAGGCAAACUAG